UUGGCAUGGUAACCAAGCCGUCCAGUGAGCAGUCGCAGGACUUCUCCAUCCACAAUGAAGACUUCCCAGCUCUCCCAGGGCCUAACUACCAAACAAAAGACCCCACCAGCACCAACGAAGACAGCAAAACGAAUCUGAACACAUCAGGAAAGCCCACCUCGAACUCAGAUGGUCCAAAGUUCCCCGGCGACAAGAGCUCUGCGCCUAGCAACAACAACCAGCAGAAGAAAGGGAUCCAGGUGCUUCCUGACGGGCGUGUGACCAACAUCCCAAUCGGCAUGGUAACGGACCAGUUUGGGAUGAUCGGCUUGCUGACGUUCAUCCGGGCAGCAGAGACGGACCCCGGCAUGGUCCACCUGGCGCUGGGCUCCGACCUCACUACGCUCGGCCUCAACCUCAACUCACCUGAGAAUCUUUAUCCUAAGUUUGCGUCUCCCUGGGCGUCGGCUCCGUGUCGACCGCAGGACAUAGACUUCCACGUCCCCUCAGAGUAUUUAACCAACAUCCACAUAAGGGACAAGUUAGCAGCUAUCAAGUUGUCUCGAUAUGGUGAAGAUCUGCUGUUUUAUCUCUACUAUAUGAACGGAGGAGACCUACUACAACUCCUGGCUGCAGUAGAACUGUAAGAACACACACACACACACACACACACACAGUUGCAU